CCUCCUUGCAAGAAAAGAACCAAACUUUCCUACUCUAAACCCAUAUAUAUUAUGAUCACAAUUCUGCCAAACAGUCUGCAACACUUCACAGCUUUUUUUGUCGAGCAAUCCGAAUCAUAGUUAGCUCAAGAAUGGCCAACGAUUCGAUGAAACCCGCUGCUACAUUGCUUCUAUUUCUUAACUUCUGCAUGUAUGUCGUGCUCUUAGGCAUAAGCGGAUGGGCUAUGAACCGCGCUAUUGAGCAUGGUUUUAUCAUUGGUCCAGGAUUGGAGCUGCCUGCACAUUUUUCGCCCAUUUACUUCCCAAUGGGAAAUGCCGCGACAGGAUUCUUCGUGAUGUUUUCUUUGAUAGCAGGAGUAGUUGGUGGCGCUUCGUCCAUCUCAGGCUUCAUCUACCUCCGAUCAUGGGACGGUGUGAGCAAGCCGGCUGCUGUUGCAGUUGCUACUAUUGCUUGGACACUAACUCUCUUGGCCAUGGGCUUCGGGUGCAAGGAGAUCGAGCUCCAGUAUAGGAACGCGAAAUUAGUGGCAAUGGAAGCAUUCAGCAUAAUCCUCUCUGUGACACAGUUCUUAUACAUUAUUGUAAUUCAAGGACCUUUAAUGUAGAGGUUCUUGUUACUAUUUGAUUUUUGCUUGAACUAUUGUUCUUGUUUGUAUUUGGAGAAUCUGAAAUUGGUUGGUUUUGUUGCUGCUUGUAAAGCUUGAUUGACAUUUCAUGGUUUGUAAGAUGUUCCAACUGAGUUUAAAAAUUGAAUAAAAGACACCCUUUUGUAUCGACAAUGGUAAUUUAAACACGAGCAAGAACUAA